UGUCUAAAAAUAGGACAGCGAAUUCGGGCUAUUUAUUCGACGACAGCCAUAUUUCAGAAGAGUAAAAGGGAGAGGUCCAAGAAGUUUGCCGGGCCAAAAUACUUAUCUGAUAGAUAGUUAAUUUAACACUUGAUUAAUUAUGCAGGCGAUCAAAUGUGUUGUUGUCGGGGACGGAGCUGUGGGUAAAACAUGUCUUCUCAUCAGCUAUACCACAAAUGCUUUUCCCGGGGAAUACAUCCCAACAGUAUUUGACAACUACUCAGCAAAUGUGAUGGUUGAUGGGAAACCCAUAAAUCUAGGAUUGUGGGAUACCGCCGGACAGGAAGACUACGACAGGUUACGUCCCCUGAGUUACCCACAGACAGAUGUCUUUCUGAUGUGUUUCUCUCUGAUCAGUCCAGCUAGUUUUGAAAACAUUAGAGCUAAGUGGUACCCCGAAGUGAACCACCAUUGUCCAAAUGCCCCAACCAUCCUGGUGGGAACCAAGCUUGAUUUGAGGGAUGACAAAGAUACCAUCGAGAAGCUGAAGGAGAAGAAAUUGUCCCCCAUCACUUACCCCCAGGGGCUGGCACUAGCCAAAGAGCUGGGAUGCGUGAAAUACCUAGAAUGCUCCGCCCUCACCCAGAAGGGUUUAAAAAUGGUGUUCGAUGAAGCAAUACGAGCUGUGCUCUGUCCAAAGCCCAAAACAAAAGCCAAGAAAGGAUGCGAUGUGUUUCUCAUUUGUUUUUCCUUGAUUAGUCCCGCUAGCUUUGAAAAUGUUCGAGCCAAGUGGUACCCAGAAGUCAGCCAUCAUUGUCCCAACACACCCAUCAUUCUCGUGGGGACCAAGCUAGAUUUACGAGAGGACAGAGAAACGGUGGAGAAGCUAAAAGAAAAGAGGCUGGCGCCCAUCACCUACCCACAAGGCCUUGCUAUGGCCAAGGAAAUCAACGCUGUCAAAUAUCUCGAGUGCUCGGCACUGACACAGAAGGGUCUUAAAAACGUUUUUGACGAGGCCAUCCGAGCAGUACUGUGCCCCAAAGCCAAGCCAAAGAAGAAGAAGUGUAAAGUAUUAUAACAGAACAAAGUUAUGACAGACUUCUUUUUAUCUUAGAGGACUUCAGUUGAGGGCUGCUACAGGAUUUCUUCGAUUUUUUCUCUAGCUAUUCAGACAUAGUGAUUCUAUCAUUCAAUGAGAAUAAGAAUGCAUAAUGUAGCACGCUGUACAUUAGAAUAGGGGGUUGGUCUUUUCUUUGUAACUCUUUGUUUCUUUUCUUAAACCUGAGAACUGGGUCUUUAUUAAGUUACUAUUGCUAAUCCAUUUAUUGUUUCACUCUAUAUAGUGUUUUUUUUUUAAUGUGUAUGCAUUAACUAAAUCAUGGCAUUGAAUAUUUCUUACUGAAACCCUGGCAUUGAAGAUUAAAACACCCCACCUUAAUAGAUAACACGUACUUGCACACAAUGCAUUAUUUUGAUUAUUAGGAAGAUGAUUGAACACCCUCAGUAAGAUAAUUAGUCAGACAUCUUCAGUUAUUGCCUUCUGCCAAAACAAGAAGAAGAAUCUAUAGGUUUAUACGUUUUGUGUUUUUGUAAAAGAUGUAGCAUUUGAUGCAUGAUGAGUUGUUUCAGUGUCAUUUUCAUUUAGUCUUGUACUCUGUAAAUUUAGAUACUGGAAAAGUAAGGGGUGGGUUAGCUUUUCAUUUAUGAUCAAUUUCAGAUCAAAAAAUUGUAAACAAGUUGUUUCCAACAAUUUUGUACAGAACAUAAUGUGGCCUUGUUAAAAAGUUUGCUAUUUUUAUUUUUGUUACUCUUAGUAAUUUAAACAACCAGAAACAAAAGUAAUGAAUAUUCAAACUCUAUAGAUUUUAGAAUUCAGUUGAAAAUUAAGCACACUGAUUUCCUUAUUAUUGAAAUAAGAACUCUGUUUGUACACAACGGACACACACUGUAAGAAAAUGCCUUACUGAUCCUCGUGUAUUGCAGCUAUGCACAUUCAGUAUAGAAGAGUUGAUUGUAUGUGUACAUAUAUAUGUGUGUAUAUAUUAAAUAUGUAUGUAUUUUCUAAUUUGUACUAGGUCUUUUUUAUAUUGAAAUAAGUUGUUAUAGAUUAUUAAAAAUAUAUAAAUCUUAAUAUAAAUUUUAUUCAAAUAUUUUUUUUUUUUUCUUUUUAUAUUUGUAUAUGAAUUGGUAUUUGUUAAUGAGAGUGCUUUAUUGUGUAUUGGUUUCCAUAAACGAUUCAGUUUGUAUCCAAUGUGGUAGAACAAAUAAUUAUUGGUGAACAACAUUUUCAUGUAGCUUUAAGGAGUCACUAAUAUUGUCAGUCUCAACUGAUCUUGUAUAUUAUUUUCAACUGCAGUCUUGCAGAUUCCAUUCAAGUCAACUGACUUGCAUCACCAGGUUGAGCAAGUAGAAUAUUAUUUCAACUGAGUUGAUUUAUAUAUCAGUGGAAAUAUUUUUAAUUUUUGUUACUGUAGUUGUAAUUAAAGCUUCAUUGAUUGAUUUUGUUUUCUGGGCAUUGCAUACAAAAAGGAUUUUUUCUCUGUGUAUAAAGAAUGAUAUUGUAUAUAAAAAAAGGCUUCCAAUCCAGUCGAGGUUAGGCAUAUUUCGUUAUUCACUGUUUUAUUAGAUUUUUUUCCAAGCACAAUUUCAAUAAAUUAAAUCCUAGUAAAAUAUUUGAAAUUUACCUUGAAGUUAAGAAAUAGUAUUUUGAAUACAGAUUGAUUUGGGUGUGAUUUUAGUGAACAAAGAAAACUGUGGCAAAUCUCCAGAAAUCACAUUUUCUUUGCUGUUUAAUGUAAACCUAUACUAAAUGUUUUAUUAUACAUCAGAUCCCAUAAUAAAUAGGUAACAUUUGAAUAA